ACAUUAGUCAUCAAUACAAGGAAUAGGCGUCUACCAAGUGCAUAUAUAUGUCUGAACGGAUUUUGCCAUUUUAUCCCGGCUUUUGUAGCAGGUUUGAUGUCUGAACUGGCCAUUGGCUGUCACUCUUUUUCUCUCACAUACACAGUCUCGCUCUCUCCCCUAUGCAAAAAGCUCAGCAAAAUCCCUCCAACCAUGCAUAAUUUUAACCUUCUCUCUCUCAUUUAUUGAAAACCGUAUACUCCAAUAGGGCGGUUUCUCUACCUUUUUGAACAUAAGCACAUUACAAUCUUUUCAUCUCCUCCUUUCCAGUUUCUUUCUCCCAUUGAUAAUGUAAACUCACACAAAGGCAAGAAAAAAGUGGGCUGUGUUUGGAUUUCCCCGGUUACUUUCCGAGAACAAAAUUGAACUGAAUUCAUGGCUUCAUUUAGCAUUUUUUCACUCUUGUUUAUCCACAUUUGCUUGCUUCUGGGCUUAUCAUUUGCUGAAGAUCCAUUUGUGAACUAUAAUUUUGUGGUCUCAUAUAUUACUGUUUCUCCUCUUGGUAUUCCCCAGCAGGUUAUUGCAAUAAAUGACAAGUUUCCAGGUCCCACCAUUAAUGUGACCACUAACAACAAUGUUGUUGUCAAUGUGAAGAACAAAUUAGAUGAAGAUCUCCUAAUGCAUUGGUCUGGUAUACAACAAAGGAGGACUUCUUGGCAAGAUGGGGUGCUUGGUACAAAUUGUCCCAUCCCUUCCAAGUGGAAUUGGACUUACCAAUUUCAGGUUAAGGAUCAGAUUGGGAGCUUUUUCUACUUCCCUUCACUCCAUUUUCAACGAGCCUCGGGGGGUUUUGGCACCUUCAUUAUUAAUAACCGGCCUAUUAUUCCAAUUCCUUUUGACACUCCUUAUGGGGAUAUCACAAUUUUGAUUGGUGAUUGGUAUACCCAAAAUCACACGGCUUUGAGGAAAACCCUUUAUGCUGGGAAAGAUCUUGGGAUGCCAGAUGGUGUUCUGAUUAAUGGGAAAGGACCUUUUAGAUACAAUGAUACUCUUGUUCCUGAUGGCAUAGACUAUGAAACGGUUACAGUCGAACCAGGCAAAACUUACCGGCUUCGUGUAAGCAAUGUUGGAAUAUCAACUAGUUUGAACUUCAGAAUUCAGAGCCAUAACCUACUUCUAGCAGAAGCCGAGGGCUCAUAUACAGUACAACAAAACUAUACUAGCUUAGAUAUUCAUGUUGGACAAUCAUAUUCCUUUUUGUUAACCACAGAUCAAAAUGCAAGCAGUGACUACUUCAUUGUUGCAAGUGCCAGAUUUGUUAAUGAAACGGUAUGGCAGAGAGUCACUGGCGUUGCGAUCUUGCACUAUACUAACUCAAAAGGGAAGGCAUCGGGUCCUCUUCCUGACCCACCACAAGACCAAUUUGACAAGACCUUCUCAAUGAACCAGGCAAGAUCUAUCAGAUGGAAUGUGUCUGCUAGUGGUGCUCGCCCAAAUCCUCAAGGUUCAUUUAGAUAUGGUUCGAUUAAUGUAACUGAGGUGUAUGUGCUGAAAAACAAGCCCCCCAUAAUGAUUGAUGGGAAACGGCGAACUACACUUAGUGGGAUUUCCUUUGUGAAUCCUGCCACGCCAAUCAGGCUUGCGGACCAAUAUAGGGUGAAGGGAGCGUACAAGCUUAAUUUUCCGACUAGGCCACUUACAGGACCACCACGGAUGGAAACAUCAGUCAUUAAUGGUACUUAUAGAGGAUUCAUUGAAGUGAUAUUGCAGAAUAAUGAAACCAAGGUGCACACUUAUCACAUGAAUGGAUACGCCUUUUUUGUGGUUGGGAUGGAUUAUGGUGAGUGGACAGAGAAUAGCCGGGGCACAUACAAUAAGUGGGAUGGAAUUGCUCGCACCACGUCACAGGUUUAUCCCGGGGCGUGGACUGCAAUCUUAAUCUCCCUGGACAAUGUUGGAGUUUGGAACAUCAGGACAGAAAACCUCGACUCAUGGUAUCUAGGACAAGAAACCUACAUUAGGGUUGUCAAUCCAGAGCACAAUAACAAGACCGAGUUUCCAAUGCCAGAUAAUGCCCUCUUCUGCGGUGCACUGAGCAAAAUGCAAAAGCCACAAGAUAUAUCUCUUGCUACUACUUCGAUCAAGGGAUUUGACCUCACUUUGCUGAUGAUGAUAUCUGCAUUCAUUUCCUUAGUUUGAUUGAGAAAUUUAUGCAAUGCCUGUCUGGCUUUGCUUAGUCAAUUGUGGUUGUGAAAUUUUAGGUGUAAGUUUAGCCAUGUUGAUAUAAAUCAUUUUUUAUUUCCAGUUGUACUAAAUGCUCCCGGAUUCUUUUUAAGGUAAUGGGUUUCAUUAUUCUUUUAAUACAUUUAUCUUAAUUUA